AUGGCUUCAUCUUGUGUGUUAUUGCUGGGAAUAAUUAUGGUUUUAGUUGUGGCAGAAGCAAAAACCCCGCCAGGAAUAGCCAAAAACCCAAGCCAUGCAACAUGCAAGAUAAAGAAGUACAAGCACUGCUACAAUUUGGUGCAUGUUUGCCCUAAGUUCUGUCCCAAUGGUUGCACUGUUGAGUGCGCCUCUUGUAAACCUAUCUGUACUCCUCCAUCUACACCUGAUCAUAGCCUACCACCACCAUCAAAUCCUAGCACUCCGUCUACACCUGAUCACAGCCCACCACCACCAUCAAAUCCUAACACUCCGUCUACACCUGAUCACAGCCCACCACCACCCUCAAAUCCUAGCACUCCUUCCGCACCUGAUCAUAACCCACCAUCUCCAACUCCUACACCACAAAACCCUCCAUCACCAUCAACACCCUCUACUCCUCCCACACCUGAUCAUAGCACUCCUCCAUCCACUCCAUCGCCAUCACCACCCACUACUCCUUCCACACCUUAUCAUAGUACUCCUCCAUCUGUACCCGAUCAUAGCCCACCACCAUCAAAUCCCAGUACUCCUUCCACACCUGAUCAUAGCCCACCACCACCAUCAAAUCCUAGCACUCCAUCUACACCUGACCACAGCCCACCACCACCAUCAAAUCCUAGCACUCCAUCUACACCUGACCACAGCCCACCACCACCAUCAAAUCCUAGCACUCCUUCCACACCUGAUCAUAGCCUACCACCUCCAUCAUCUCCUGCCCCUUCUACACCAUCUUCAAACACAGCCAGGUGCAAGAAUAAGUACUAUCCAAAAUGUUAUAACAUGGAACACGUUUGUCCCGCUGCCUGCCCAACUAGAUGUGACGUUGACUGCAUCACUUGCAAACCUAUUUGCAAAUGCGACAAACCCGGAGCAGUUUGCCAAGACCCUCGUUUCGUGGGAGGCGAUGGGAUAACAUUUUACUUUCAUGGCAAGAAGGACGGUAACUUCUGUCUCGUGUCAGAUCCUAACAUUCACAUAAAUGCCCAUUUCAUUGGCAGAAGAAACCCUAAUAUGAACAGAGACUUCACUUGGGUCCAAUCCAUCGCCAUUCUUUUCAACAACCACCAAAUCUUCAUCGGUGCUCAAAAAACAGCAACGUGGAAUGACUACAUAGACCGCCUGGCCCUCAACUUCGACGGCGAACCCCUCGCCCUCCAACAAUCAGAAGGCGCCAUCUGGAAAUCCAACACUUCCCCACGUGUGGUCAUCACAAGGGCCGCCGAAACAAACUAUGUUACAGUGGAAAUCGAAGGGAGAGCCAGAAUAACGGCCAUUGUCCCUAUAACUGAGGAAGAUUCAAGAAUCCACAACUAUGGGAUAACGAAGGAGGAUUGUUUCGCUCACCUGGAUCUGGGGUUCAAAUUCAUGUCUUUAAGCGACCAAGUGAGCGGCGUGUUGGGCCAAACUUACAGACCAGACUAUGUGAGCAGAGUGAACAUAGAGGCGAAAAUGCCGAUAAUGGGAGGAGACAAGGAGUUUAAAACGACAAGCCUGUUUGUCCCAGAUUGUUCUGUUUCUCGCUUUGCCGGUACCGAUGAUGGAUUAUUCAUCAGAAGUGAGGCUAACAUGGAGGGCUCGGAGCUACCCGGCUUAAGCUGUGCAAGUGGGAUCGACGGCCAAGGAGUUGUUUGCAAGAGAUAG